CAAAAACAAGAAAACAAAGUUGUAUUGUGACAAUUUCCCCUAAACAAAGCUUUUUUGAAGUGUCAACCAACGGUCAAACGGACGGAAAGUUGACGAUUUGGAUAUUAGAUUGUUUACGAAAAGGUUUGGCUAUUAUAUUGUUUAAAAUGAAAGGUUUGGAUAUUAAAUUGUAUUUACCCAAAUUUUAAAAAAUAAACUGAUGUUAUCCUUUCAUCCUAUCAAUUCGAAUUCAUAGCAAUUUAUUCACGUGUAUCUUAUUGCUACAAAAUCAGGAUGUCGUUCUCUUUGAUUUAAUUUUGUCUCGAUCGAUACCGCAAAAGCAGCUUUAGUUCAGAGCACUAGUAGCAAAGAUUCGAACAAAAAACACCAAAAAUACAGUUGCUCUCGACCUAGCCAUCGCCCUUUUCCUGCUCCAAUGAUGUUAACCUUUCCAAAAUGACAAAACGAAAUAUAAGAAGUGAACACAACCGGGUCAACAUUUUGAUUCUGUGAUAUUUUGAUAAAAAAAUUCUGUAUUAUUUUGGAAUGUGACAUUUUAAAUAACUUAGAAUUAAUUAUGUUAAUUGUCUCAUGGGUAGAAUACAACAACUCAUCUUAUUUUUGCCAAAUAAGUUAUUUUGGACUAAAUAAGUCAGAAUGAAUUAUUUAGACCAAAGUAAUAAUCUUACUAAAAUGCUGCAUUUAAUUAAAUAUUUCAUCUGAUUCAUGAGCAAAUUAGUGAGAAGGUGGAACAUGGGUCUCUCUUAAUGCUCGUCUAUUGGUUUUUACACUAAUGAGAGAUGGAGUGGUGAAAUGGUUGGUGGAGUAAGGAGUUCAACUUCGAUACCAAAUUUGGUAUUUGGAGUUAUUGACGAAAGAUUUUCAUUGAAUUGUGGCAUUUGAUCCCAUGUUAAGAGCUGUCAAUUAAUUCGUAUUUUGGACCCUUAAAAAUCGUACUUUUAUUUAUGGAGAGACUAUGCAAAUACACAUAGCGUACUUAUCGAUGAUUCAUUUAUGUCGCUCAUGAUACAUAAUUUGAUUUUGUAUGUCGAGUUGGUUCAUAAUUUGACUUAAAAUACAAGCUAGAAGAUCAUAAACCAGCUAGAGUCAGAGAUCUGAAAGAGAAAGUUAAAUAGCAGUAAUUCAUUUAUGUCGCUCCAAUCUCAUUUUUGAAGUGCGAAAAUAUCAGAGCCUCUUCACCUACCUACCAAAGAAAGGUCGUAUAAUUCGACAAAUGUACAUGGAUUGACUAAAAGCUUCCAAGCUAGCAUGAAGUUCAUCCAUAAAUAGCGACUACUCUUGGACACAACUUUCAACACACAAAACUUAUCCUUCCUCUUCAAACCACCGCCAUGUCAUCACUCUCCACCACCACCUCCGCCGCCGCCUUCCUCCGCCCUUCCCUCCUCCCGCCGAAAAAAUCCGCCUCCCAACUCUCCGCAUACAAAUCCCGAAAACCCUACUCCCCUCACUUCGCAAGAAUCUCAUGCAAAACUUCCUCCUCCGGCGACGGCAAAGAACCGACCAAUAAUGACCAAACCAGCCCCACCACGAGGCGUGACAUCCUCAUCGGAAUGGGCAGCCUAUACGGCGCCGCGUCGUCCCUCUCCAACCCGACCGCUCUCGCCAACCCGCUCCAGCCCCCGGACCUCUCCAAGUGCCACCCCGCUAUCAAGGGCGACGGCGGCGAUACCGCGGACUGCUGCCCGCCCUUCUCCGAGCAAAUCGACUUCAAAUUGCCGUCACCCAAGGAACCCAUGCGCACCCGACGCGCCGCCCAUCUUGUCGACAAGGCCUACAUCAAGAAGUACGAGAAAGCAAUCAGCCUCAUGAAGGCCCUCCCCGACGACGACCCGCGGAGCUUCAAACAGCAGGCCGACGUCCACUGCGCCUACUGCAACGGCGCCUACGACCAGGUCGGCACCACCACCGGUCUCCAAAUCCACUUCUCCUGGAUAUUCUUCCCUUUCCAUAGGUACUACCUCUACUUCUUCGAGCGGAUUUUGGGUUCGUUGAUCGACGACCCGACUUUCGCGCUGCCGUUCUGGAACUGGGAUUCUCCGGAUGGGAUGCAGAUCCCGGCGAUUUUCGCCGACCCGGCGUCGCCGCUGUACGACGCGAUCAGGGCCCUUGACCAUUUACCCGGGGGAAGUUCUCCGCUGGUGGAUUUGGAUUGGAGUAGAUCGGCCGCGAGCUUGCCGCCGAAGGACCAGUGGCAGAGCAACCGGGACGUGAUGUACACGCAGAUGGUGAGCGGGGCGAAGAAGCGGACCUUGUUUUUCGGGGCUCCGUUGAAGGCUGGGGACCUCGCCGAUGGUAACGGUCAGGGAACUCUCGAGCGGACCCCACACGGAAAUAUGCAUAUCUGGGUGGGUGAUCUCACGCGCGAGUAUAAGGAGGAUAUGGGGAAUCUGUACUCGGCGGCGCGGGACCCACUUUUCUACUGCCACCAUGGCAACGUGGACAGGAUGUGGGACCUGUGGAAGACGCUGGGGCCCAGGAGGACGGAUUUUACGGAUCCCGAUUGGCUGGACGCCAGCUUCUUGUUCUACGACGAGAACAAGAACCUGGUGAGGUGCAAGAUCAGGGACAGUCUGGAUAACAAGAAGCUGAGGACGGACUACCAGACCGUCCCCAUUCUCUGGAAGGACUCGAAGAGGGUCCCUAAGAAGAUAAGGAAGAAGGCUCUGGCCAGUGCUUUUGGCACUGGCCAGGACCAGAUGGCGAACGCGGCUGCGGUCACUAAGAAGAAGAGGGAGCUGACCGAUCUGUCCGAGUUCCCCCUGGUGCUGAACAAGACCAUCAGCGUGGCGCUGCCCAGGCCGAGGAAGAACAGGACCGCGACGGAGAAGGAGGACGAGGAGGAGAUACUUGUGGUCGAAGGGAUCGAGAUCGACCGAAGCCAGGUCAUCAAGUUUGACGUGGCGUUGAAUGACGAUGACGAUGGGGCCCCUGCGGGGCCCCAGGACACCGAGUUUGCCGGCGCGUUCGUCAACGUGCCGCACAGGCAGAAGGCCGGAGCGAGCAAUUUUAAGACGGUGCUGAGGCUGGGGAUAACGGAUCUGCUCGAGGAUCUCGACGCGGAUGACGAUGACACGAUCGUGGUGACUUUGGUGCCAAAGGUUGGUGAGCCUGUGAUAGGUGGUCUGAAGAUCGAUUACCUUGCUGAUUGAUCGAUCGGUUGGGUGCGUUGGUUAAUCUUGGAUCGUGAGAGGUCGAUCGUUCUAUUUGGUAAUUUCUUUCGUCACGUAUUAUGCCGAGGCAAAAAUAACGAACCUUUUUUGUUCCUAGCUAGCCCAUCGGCUUGUGAUUUGUGUACUAGCGAUCGAUGUUUCAUGUUUAUGUAGUUGAAUUUGUCGAUUUAAGGUUACAGUGUAUGCCACUCUAAUAAAAUUGUCAUCUUUUUUCUUCAAUGAUUAUGAAUCACAAUAUGCACGACCCAAGGAUGCAAGCAAUUGUUUACAAUACAUAUAUAUAUAUAUAUAUAUAUACCUAGUUAGUCGAAUUGCUUGUUGAGGUGUUUGUUUCAAUAAUUUUGUAACUUGGUAAUUUGAUUAUAUUCCCCACUAAUUUCAAACAAGGGGACCGAUAUAGACAGAUUCCCGCUUGGUCGAAACUCGAACUCCGGAGGACAUGUUAUAUCUCAAACUCAAAGUUUCUGUGAUUUGGUCUUUUUUUUUUUUAAUCUUGGCUCGGAUGCUGUAGUAAACUGGUAAUUAUUUCUUGAUAGUAGUUAUUAAGGGUCUCUACAUCUUAUUCAUAUGAUUGAUGCCAUAGUAUCUAUUUUUUUAUCAAACAGAUACCAACCACUUCAUAAAAAAAAUCGGCCUAAGUACAAAUUUAUUAUAUUUCACUAAGUUUUUUCUUUCCAGAAAAUGUACAUAUUUCACAAGCCUACAUACCAUCUUUCUUAAGCCUGAAUAAGAGGACUAAAAAAGUCUGGUUAUCGUGUUAAACACCUCUGACAUGCAUCAUCGAUCAAAUCUUUUCUUGACUGUUGCUUUUUGUGGGGACUCUCAAUUGGUCAUCAAGGAUGUGACUUCAAAGAAGGUUUCGCAUUCAAGAGCGGGAGCUAUUCUAGAGGAAGUGCACUCUCUCUUUCCCUCCUUCCUUUCAGUCUCGUAUCUUUUUGCUCCUCGGAGCUUCAACAGAGCUGCCCACCUCGUGGCAAAACAGGCUCUUUUAUCGGGAGUCCGGUUGCAUACGGACUACCGUUCUUUUUUGGUGUCUUUCUUGUAAUUGUGUUGACCGGGCAUGCACUAGGGACUUAUCUUGGAUAAAAAAAAAAUCUUUUCGAUAUAGAGGUGUUAAAUUUUGUGCAUAGGAAGUUAUCUGCAUACAGCUGAAUUUUUAAGAAUAAGGUAAUUAAUUCAACUCAUUAAAUCAGGUUGUCUAAAAAAGUAUACGAUCGACUAACUUGGAGAAGAAAUUCAUGUGACAUUAAUGAUCACACCAAUGAUAUAAUAGAGACAAUCCUGUUAUCUAUAAGAAUGAAUAGCUUUUUUAUAGAAUGAAUUAUCAUAUUAUUUUAACUAAUUGAGUGACAUUGAUCUUGGCAGAAAGACCAACUUGUUAUCAACAAAACCUGUUUUUUAUUUUUUAGAAUUUCUUCUUAAACUAGUGGAGUGUAGUAAGCUUUCCCAUACUUACCACCACUUUGAAUAAAAUAGCAUUGUGAGAACUAUAGUUCCUUCUAAAUUACACGUAGCUAGCUCUGUUACGAAACUAUAAAAAAAUAUUAUAAGCACUCUGGCCUAUAACCCCGACUAAUUCCAGCGUGUUUAUGAAAAUAACAGUCCUCUUAGCUACGAAACUAUAAAAAAUAUUAGAAGCACUCUGGCCUAUAGGCUAUAACCCCGACUAAUUCCAACGUGUUUAUGAAAAUAACAGUCCUCUUCACAAGUGGAGAGAGUAUGAUAUAAACCAACAACCUCAAUCUUGUUAUUAGGGCCGGGAAACAGUGCGGUCUGGUUCAGACUAGAUCAUAUAUACGGUUUAUGGUCCAUAUCGAGAGGUUAAAGUAUAGACCACAGACCAGAACACACACUAUACGGUCCGGUCCAGACCACGCCUAUGCGGUCUGGUUCGGUCUGGUAUGGUCCAGAUAGAUCACACUCAACGAAAAAUGAAUAAUUUGUUUAGUC